AUGGCGGAGCCUGAAGUGAAACAUAGUGACAAAGACACUGAAUCAGAAAGGAAUAAGGAUGGAAGUUCAGAUAAGGAGCAUGAUGGAGAGGUUGACACAAAUCAAAAUGAUGUAAAUACAACAGAAAUUACUAUUGACUCCGACUUUGAUUUACUUUCAAAAGAGCAGAAAAAGACAAUUAUGGAAGCAAAGAACUUCUUUGAAAUUCAUCUGACAAAUGAAGUUGAAACAACUGUCACAGACCUUAUCAGCAAAUCUUUUCAAAUGAAGAUGGAGAGCCGGGACUUUCUUGAGACAUACAUUAAAAAGUGUGUGAAUAUCUGCUGGUUGAUGUGCCGUCAUAAUCCACCGGUCUUUAUAGAAUUUCCUGAUGUCAAAGAAAAUAUUCCGUUUGAUACUAAUAAGUACAAGCCUUAUACACGUUCUGGAAAAUAUAUUGACCAUAUCGUUUGGCCAGCUUUACAUUUGCAUGAGGAAGGACCAUUGUUGUGCAAAGGAGUAGCCCAAGGAAUUGGACAAAAAGACCGCAAUAAGUUAUGUAAAUAAUUUGUUUCAACAGAGGCAGAUAUUUGUUCAUAUGUAUGUUUAUAUAUUUUUGAAAAACUCAUAACAUAUUUUUAUCUAUUUGAACACAUAAUUCAUAACGGCGAUAUCUCACAGACACAUUGAUUAAUAGAAAAGAACUUUUUGAUUUGUGUCCCUUUGAAUAAAUUCCUUGUUAUAAAUACUUAUGAGUUAUUACAUUAUAUACGUAACAUGACAUAUAUAAAAAUUAUGUUUGAUAAAUAAACUAAAAGAAAACAUAUACAUCUUGUCCAAGGCAUUUAGAAACGAUUCAUUUGAUUGGAACCAUAUUUGUAAUGUUCGGUAAGGUUAUUACAUACAAAUGUUCAUAAGUUUAACAAGAAAAUCUAUAUAUCUUUAUAAAAUUGACUGUGAAAGGUAUCCUUACAAAAAAAUCUGGUGUUCAUUAUAGAGGGACCUUUUAUGUGCAUUUUGUUUAAUGAAGUGUUGAUUUUCACAAUGUAGGUGAUAAGGAAAUGUUUUUGCACUGUAUUAAGCAGAGAUUGACUGAUAAUUUUAUUCAAAACUGGAAUAGUAGACUUAACACUCGCGUUUUCGGUGUCUUCUGGGUGUCCGGCUUGGGCUUGUUGGGGGACCUGCGUCCUGUGAAUGUUGCCUUUGCC